AUGGCUUCUCUUGUUUCUCUUCUUCUUGUAUUGCUCACUUUUUCUUUAGCAGAGUCCAAGACUUACUGGGGUGACGUGGCAGCUCUCAAAGAGUUCAAGAACUCUGUCGACGCCAAGUCCAUGACACCUGGCUCAUGCCUCAGCUCCUGGGACUUCUCCGUCGAUCCCUGCGACAAUUUAUCCGGCGAGAAAUUCACGUGUGGCUUCCGCUGCGACACAAUCGUUUCCGGAUCGGGUCGGGUCACGGAGCUCAUCCUCGACCAAGCCGGGUACUCCGGCUCCCUCUCCUCCCUUUCAUUCAACUUCCCUUAUCUCCACACCCUCAAACUCUCCAACAACUACUUCUCCGGUCCGCUUCCUAACUCGCUCUCCAACCUCACCCGCCUCACCAGCCUCUUCCUCUCCGGAAACUCCUUCUCAGGAUCCAUACGCGGUUCCCUCGGGUCAAUGCCGCUUCUAGAAGAGCUCCUCCUCGACAACAACAACCUCAACGGCUCCGUUCCGACGAGCUUCAACCGUCUUUCCCGCUUAAAACGGUUAGAACUCCAGCAAAACAACAUCUCCGGCGAACUUCCCGAUCUAACCUCCCUCAAGAACCUAAACUACCUCGACGUUAGCGAUAACCGGAUCUCCGGUCCGGUCACGUCAUCUUUACCCGGUUCACUAGUCCAAAUCUCAAUGCGAAACAAUCUCUUCCAAGGAACGAUACCAGAGAGCUUCAGAAACUUAACCUCUCUCGAAGUUAUCGAUCUCAGCCACAACGAACUCGGCGGCUCGAUCCCAUCGUUCAUCUUCGCGCAUCAAACUCUCCAACAGCUAACUCUCUCCUUCAACGGCUUCACUUCUAUAGACUCGCCUCGCUACUCGCCCUCGGGUCUCCCCAGCGAGCUAAUCUCCGUGGACCUCAGCAACAACAAGAUCAGAGGCCCGUUACCUCUGUUCAUGGGCCUGUUACCGAAGCUCUCAGCUUUGUCGUUGGAGAACAACAGCUUCUUCGGUAUGGUUCCGACGCAGUACGUUUGGAAAACCGUGUCGCCUGCCGGGUUUCAGAGGCUGUUACUAGGCGGGAACUUCUUGUUUGGAGUCGUACCGGGUCCUUUGAUGGCGCUCAAGCCUGGCUCGGUGAAUGUGCAGCUCGCUGGAAACUGCUUCUUGUGGUGUCCCGCGACGUUUUUCUUCUGUCGGGGACAAGAACAGAGAUCUGUUACGGAGUGCAGAAAGUUUAGCCGUGUUAUUCCUUGA